UACCCAAUCAAUCAAUCUCACUCUUCCCCUCUUCUUUUCCUUUCCUAUGUUACUCUCUCUCUCUCUCACACUCUUCCUCUUCUCCUAUAAAUUCAAACCAUUCCAUCCAAAUUAUUAAACUCAGUCACAAACAGUGCCACACUCACUCACUCACCCACUGUAAACUGCAUCAUCAUCAUCAUUAUCAUUCACUCAGUUUCUCUUUUCAAUGAUGCAUCAUUGUUGCAGUAGCUCUCAGCAAGGUCACAUAAUGGGAGGAGGAGGAACAUGCACAUGCGGUAUGUUUCAUCCACAAACCAACUCUAACUACUCCAUGCUUUUCUCUAACUAUCAAAACCAUGAUCAUUACGAUCAUUACGACUCAUACUCCUACACUUCUCCAUCUUCUUCUGUUGACUGUACACUCUCCCUUGCCACCCCUUCCACACGUUUAUCUGAAGACCAAGAGAAACGAAACCGUCGCUCUUCUCUUACCAACUUCUGGAACAAUAAUACUAACCAUUCGAAUUCAAACUCAAACUCAAAACACAAUUCUCAAUCUCAAAGCAAAUCAAACCGAGGAAACAAUAUUGGUAAUAACUCCAACAAUGAUUCUCUUCUCGCCCGUCGAUGUGCUAGCUGUGACACCACUUCUACACCUCUUUGGAGAAAUGGUCCUCGUGGCCCAAAGUCACUAUGCAAUGCUUGUGGGAUUAGAUACAAGAAGGAAGAACGAAGAGCGAAUGCUGCCACGUCGGCAGCGACAACCGGCGGUGCAAUGGAGACAGGCAGCAUCUACAGCAGCAACAACAACAACGGUUCGUGGUACGGACAACCGCAGAGUCAAAUGUAUGGGAACGAGUUACGGUUCAUGGAAGAUUCAGAUGUAGAAUCAGAGAAUGGGAUUCCUAACUUUCUUUCUUGGAGACUCAACACGAGCCUUGUUCAUGAUUACACUAGAUGAAAGAAGCGUUAAUGGAAUGAAUACGAUAAUAGUAUAACAGAAAGAAGAAAAAGGAUGAUGUAGAUGUUUUACGAUGAUGAUGAUGAUGUAGAUGUUUUUGAUUGCGAUGGUUAUGAUGGUCUGGUCAACGUUAUUUUACUUUUUUGACCUUUUUCUUUUUCAUCUGGUUCUUUUCUUUUCUCUGUCUUCUUGCUUAAGAAUAUGGAGAUAGAAUCGGAUAAAUUCUAUAGAGUAUGUUCUUAACUUGUUUGUUUUUGUUUUAUUUAUUUAUUAAUGUAUUCUUUUUUUGUGACUUUA